UAACUGCAUUUUGCAGUGAACACAUGAAUAUAGUUUACCUUAGGAAUUACUCAUCUUUAAUUUACUUUUUUGAAAACGACAAACUGAUAUGGACAGUAAGGACCUAUAGUGAAUAUGUUUUUCAUGACAGUAACGCAUUAGCCUACAUAUCAACAUAACUUCACUGUUCAUGGACCAAUCGUCAUAUUUCUUUUACUACGCAUAACUUACCAUGUUUUAUUUUAAAUAUAUAUACCUGGUGUGGCGUUAUUUUUUAAUUAUAUAUAACAUUAUGAUAUUUACUGGUUGCUACCCUUUGCAGACUGAUGAUAUUGAAAGACCUUUUUUUUCUGAAACUUCGGCUGAUGUCUCAGGACAAAGCUAUGAUUUGGCAAAAGUUUCUGAUCAGGAAUCUAGCAUUCAAAUUGAUGAAAAUAUCACUUCACAAACAACAUAUGGGGUUGCAAGUAAUGAGAGGUUUCAAACUGACUGUUAUGUCAAUCAAGGAGAUAGCUUGAUAUUGGAUGUGGUUUCUGAGACAGCAGAUAGUCAGCAAGUUAGUCAGACACUUAAGCGUGCUUCAGUAUCAAGUAGGCCAGUUGAGGAAGCAAAACAUGUUCGAAAGGGAUAUACUGCUAGUGAUCUUCCAUCUUUUGGUGGCAAGGGCAGAGCUCAUUUUUCGGCAAUAAAGGCCAAGAGUGUCGGAGCUCUACGAAGCAGCCUGAACCUUGAGGUCAUAGCUGGUCCUGCUUAUGGUGUUUGUUGUUCCCGGUUGUCAACAAACACUUCUAUGCUUCCAGUGAUUAUCGGAAGGGUUCUUCCGAGCAACUUUGUAGUAAAGGACUCUGAAGUUUCAGGAAAGCAUGCUCUCAUAAAUUGGAAUGUGAAUAAGUCAAAAUGGGAGAUAGUGGACAUGGGUAGCUUAAAUGGGACAUUUCUGAAUUCUCGGGCAAUUCACCAUCAAGAUUCAAACUUCAGGCAUUGGAGUGAUCCUAUUGAGAUCAGAAACGGAGACAUUAUAACCCUUGGCACUUCAUCAAAAAUAUUGGUUCAUAUCUCUCAACAUGCAGAACACAGGACCCCUUUUGGGGUUGGUGUGGCGUCUGAUCCAAUGGCUAUGCGUCGUGGUGGAAAGCAGCUUCCCAUGGAAGACAUGUGCUAUUACCAGUGCCCUCUUCCUGAUGUUGAACAGUUUGGACUCUUUGGCAUUUUUGAUGGUCACGGUGGUGCCGCAGCUGCUGAAACCGCUUGCAAGAUGCUGCCUCAGAACAUUGCUGACAUUUUAUCAAAAACUGAAAAAAGAGAGAAGGUUGUUGCUCUGUGCAAUGCUUCAGAUGUCCUCAGAGAAGCUUUUCACCUUACAGAGGCUGCUAUGAAUCAUCAGUAUGAGGGUUGUACUGCCACAGUCCUUUUGGUUUGGAUUGAUCACCAUGAAGAACUCUUUGCACAAUGCGCCAAUGUUGGUGAUUCAGCUUGUGUUGUGAAUGUUAGUGGAAAGCAAAUCACAAUGACAGAGGAUCACAGGAUAAUUGGGGUAACUGAACGGGCUCGAUUCUCGAAAAUGGGAAUGCCAUUAAAAGAUGGUGAAGCACGCGUUGGUGGUAUCAAUCUCGGACGCAUGCUUGGAGACAAGUUUCUUAAAGAGCAAGACUCUCGUUUUAGUGCAGAGCCUUAUGUUAGCCAAGCUGUGCAUGUAUCAAAAUCAUGCAGAGAGGCAUUUGCAUUGUUAGCCAGUGAUGGCCUAUGGGAUGUCAUCAGUAUAAAGAAGGCAGUGCAACUUAUAGUUCAGAAGAAAGAUGCUCAUGACGCCAACUCAGCUGUCAGACUAGCAAAUUAUGUACUAGGUGAAGCUAGAAAUUUGCGAACCAAAGAUAAUACAACCAUAAUCUUCUUGGACUUUGAUUCUAUGAGAACUAAUCUAUGUAACAUUCAUUCUUAAUUCUUCCCCUUGAAUAGUUUUCUUGUUACUUUUAUAAAAGGAUUCUGCUCCAUUUUCUUCCUA